AUGGCUGAAAACGUGCAACAGACUUUGCUCGUAGUCGGCGGGGUCAGUGGAUCUGGCAAGAGUACAUUUGGUGUGGAACUAGCCAGACGUUUGAACAUCCCGUUCUUGGAUGGAGACGAUUUACAUCCCCCAUCCAACAUUGAGAAGAUGAAAUCGGGCAAACCCCUGGAUGAUUUUGAUCGAGAACCGUGGUUGGAUAAUAUUCGAACGAAGGCCCUCGAGAUGAUCGAGCAUCUCAAGUCCUUCGGCCAGUCUGAUCACAAAGAUGGACAACCGCUAGCAAUCGUGAUUGCUUGUUCCGCGCUGAAGCGCAGGUAUCGAGACAUGUUACGUGGCUUCUCAGCGUCCGCAAAAAAUGUCUCGAAAACGGCUCAAUCCGACUGUCAAGUUCAUUUUAUACAUCUUAGUGGCGACCCUGAAUUGAUCAGAAAGCGAUUACAAGAUCGGAAAAAUCAUUUCGUCGGCAGUGACAUCUUGGCCUCUCAAUUGGAUACCUUACAGGAACCUGAUCCGGGGCAAGAAAAUUCUCCUCAAAGUCAGAUCUUUACUAUUUCAUUGUCCUUCGACGAUUGCCAGCCGAAAUCAGUUGAGGAAAUGGUCAAUGAAGCUAUGCAAGAACUCGCAGACAAGACUGGAUUACCGAUGCCGGAAUUAGCUCAGUUCAGGCAACAAUCGCCGGUUCAACUGCCUUCGCUCCAAACCCUUUUCGAUCCUGAGCCAGGUCAGCUUCAAGACGUACUCGCGCUACUGUUCGAAGUCUCCGAUUCAAUCGAAAACAAACUCAUCCCAAUUUUACGAGAAAAUCUUCAAAAUAAACUCCCAAACUCCUAUUCUGAACUCAUCGAUCACUGUCAGGAUAUUGUCGAAAAUCGUUUUGAUCGCGACGAGCAAGUCAAUUUCUUGGGAAGCCAUCCCCGCAUUGGCGCGGUCAAAGGGCUGAGCAAACUGAGCUCGAAGGAACAGGGUAACCAAGCGGACCCAGCAGUACUGAAUCGUUUAGCAGAAUUGAACGCGCUGUAUGAAAAACUAUAUCCUGGUUUACGAUACGUGACUUUUGUAAAUGGAAGAAGCCGAGCGGAAAUAGUCGAAGAGAUGGAAGAUUUAAUAACCAAAGACGCAGCACCAACCCCUGCAGUACACUUGCAAGAUAAAAAUUGGCAAGCUGAACUGAAGAGGGGAAUACGAGACGUAUUCCAAAUUGCCAACAGCCGUUUGAAAUCUAUCACCGAAAGCUCCUGA